AUGGGUCGCGAAGACCAAAUCGAGGAGCGCGAAGUGCUCGAUUCGAUUUUUCCUGAAGAAAUUACAGACAUAUCCGAGACCGCAUACAAAGUGUCAAUCAUUCUAGAAACACCUGAGCAUGAUCCCGAUGAAGAGCAGCCUUUGAUAUAUCUGGAAGUUUCAUAUCCGGAAGAAUACCCAGAUGUGGCACCAGAACUCAACAUUUCCUGUCCACCCAAUGCACCCAAGAACCCUCGGCUAGAUGUUCAAGAAGACCGGGAUUUCCUUAUGGAGGCUCUUCAACCCACGAUUGAAGAAAACAUUGGAAUGGCAAUGGUUUUCACCCUUGUGAGCGCGCUGAAGGAAUCGGCCGAGGUUCUUAUGCAAGACCGCGCGAACCUUGUUCAAGCGCAAAAGGAGAUGUUGGCUAAAAAGGCUGAGGAAGAGGAGAACCGCAAGUUUCAGGGUACACCCGUCAACCGGGAGACAUUUUUGGAAUGGCAUGCGCGGUUUUUACAGGAGGAGCAGGAUGAAGAACAGCGACAACGGGAGGAGAAGGAGGCAGAGGACAAGAAGAAGAAGAUUAAGGAAGAGAAGAAGCUCACUGGGCGGCAAUUGUGGGAGAGAGGAUUGGCUGGUAAGGGCGAUGAUGAAGAAGAGGGUGAGGAUGCUUUGCAAGCUGUCCAGAAGCUUAAAAUUGCUGCUUAA